GGGGGAGGCCGUUCGGGCAGGAGGCGGUGGCGACGGCCCCGCCAGCACAGGAAGUCGCCCCGCCGAGAGAGGAGGGAGGAGGCGGAGCUCCGCCGCUCGGCCCCAGGACUUGUUUUCUGUCUUCAUGGAAGCUGUGAAGAUGUAAGCCUACUUCAGUGAUUUUCGGAUUGAAAACGAUGGGUAGAAAAGAUGCCUCUACAGCAAGGACUCCUGUUGACCAAUACAGGAAACAAAUAGGAAAACAAGAUUAUAAGAAAACCAGGCCUAUGUUAAGAGCUACAAGAUUAAAAGCAGAGGCCAAGAAAACUGCACUAGGCGUAAAGGAAGUUGCCCUUGUCCUUGCAGCCAUACUGGUAUUUUUGUUGGCUUUCUAUGCUUUCUUUUAUCUUAACAUUUCCAAUGAAGUUGACCUUGAUCUGGAUCCAGAUGAAAACUAGCAGAUGCAAUGAAUCUAUCAUCAGGAUUUCUUCAGCUUGAACAAGACUACGUAGGAACACACAGUCCCUUCACUGUGAGACAGUAAACGAUGCCAUUUCUUGCAGUCCAAAUUCAUAAGAAAGUUUUGCAAUAUGUCCGUCACUUUUACAUUCCAGAUCUCCAAAAUAAGAGAACACUCAUGGCCAGCAAGUGGGUUUGGUUAACACCAAAGCCAGGAGCAGCAGUACAGUACAUGAAGUUUAUUGUUUACAUUAUUUUUUUCUCAGGCAGAGAACUUUGAUGUCAAAAGACAGGUGCUAUUAUUAUCAUGGGUAUUGAUGCUGACUUCACAGGAGGAGAAUCUGCCUUGACUAAAUUUAGGAAUCAAAGCUUCCUAAUAGCCAAAUUAGGUUCCUUUUCCUUUCCCAAAAGAAAACAGAAAUACCAAAUAAAAAAAAAAAAAUCUUUUCUUGAUUUGUAUUUAAAAUAUAUCAAAAAAAACCCUCAUCCUUUCUCUCCCUUUUAAUCUUUCUUGUGCAUGUGUGCACGCGCGCACGCAUGAAGAUGGAAGAAAUUGUAGGAAAAAAAAAACCUUUUUAGAAGCAGUCUGUCACCUCCUAUAUGGACUUAAUUUUAUGUCAUCCCAGAUUCUGUGUGCCCAUAUAUCUGCAGUAAUCUUUUUCAUUCUUUUGCCAACUGUUCGGCACACAUGUGUUCUGUCAGAAAUGGCACCUGGAUGACAGAAGCUCUAACAUUCACAUAUGCCUCUGAAACACAGUUCUUUGCCUCCUGUGCUGUCUGAACUAGUGUAAAUAGAAAGUUCAGUCGAUGUUGGUUUUAAUUAGUGUAUUGCUCUUAUUAUUAAUAUAAAGUCAAAAUCGUAUUUUAAUUAUACUCUUCCUGCUGGCUGUGGUAUCAGCUUGCACUACCUGUUAGGGGGAUGUUGUAAAAAAAUUGCUUUCCAGUUAUACAAUCAUUUUAAUCAUCAAACUAAUGUGAGAAUCUGUACGUAAUAAGAAACCUUUUUGUUUUUUCCUGUGUAGUAAUAAUUGGGAAAAUCUUGGCUCCAUGACAUCUUUCAGUUCUCGCAAAGUACCUUUCAGAGUAUGCACUGUAGAUAACAUUUGUGAUCCCUUUGAUAACCACAAGCCACUUGAAGAAGUCGGUAUGUCAUAGCAGCUGCAGGGAGCUGUAGAAUCCUGGCUUUAUCCUGUUCUGCUUUGGCUUUGGCAUAUAACUGAGCUUUGCGGUUGUAAAGGUUCAUUUUUGAUCGCUCUACAAAUGUGGUCAGUCUUUCUCUAGUUCAGAUUCACUUUGAUACCAAAAAAAGCAUAGAGCCAUUGGUGCCGAAUGUGGCAAGGGAGUUAGGCAGGUUGACUUCUAGAAAAGUUAUAAUAAUUCUGAAAUUCUAUUAGCAAACUAGCUUUAUCUUUGAUACCAAUUUCAGGGCUGAAUGUUAGGUUUAGUUGCAAUUGAGAUAUUUACUGACUUGUUCCAGAAAUGCCUGACUAAUAUUUCUUACAAUGAUUUUGAAGACAAAGGGAUACAAAUCAUAGCAAGUAUUAUAAUGGAAAAUAUAUUUAUUUUAAAUUGACACGGUCCCAUUAUCACCACUUAAGGAACUUAGAUCAAUACAGUUAAUUUUUAAACCAUACAGUAACUAUGACCAUAUACAUUAUGAGUCUCUAAGGGUCCACUUCUUAUCUGUCGUACUCCUCAUUCACUUUAUGCAAUGCAAAACACCUCCUCUAGAAAUUCAGAGUACAAGUCUUCCAAGAAGGAUAUGAAAAAGAAGCAUAGACAUAUAAGUGCAAAUUUUUCUCAUUUUCUAAUUAUGACUGUUACGGACACAAAAUCCUAAGAGUUUCGCAUUCAUAUGACCUAUAGUCUGCUAAUCCAAAACACAUGACCAAACGCUUAGCAACAUGUUGCGUUUAUGGCGAAGCAUUAUCUGACACAUGGCCCGACUUUCAGUGGAGAGAAAAGCGUAUCACAAGCUGUCUCCUUGGAUGUGACAUGCCUUUCACUUCGCCAGUGCCACACCACAUGUCACAGAAGCUGCAGACCUCUCCCGUUACUUUGCAUGAGCAAUUUUCUUAUUCCAUAAAAUACUGGAAGGAUUGCCUUCUUAAUGUCUGCACGUAGGCUCUCGGGGUGAUGCGUGUCCUGAGGAUGAUGUGUCGUUAUCCGCUUCGUGCGGGUUGUCUUGUAACUUGCUUUCUGAAUCAGUUACCUGAAGAAGCGAGGUGUUCUUACUGUCAAAUUUGUGAACAUGAAAAUCCUAGAAUAGGAGGAUUACAUUUCCCAUAAUUAUGACUCAUAGACAAAAUCUGAAGUGCAUAUUUGUGUGAUUGAAGCAGCUUCCCUGAUUUGUGGCUUAUCAGUCUAUAUUGCCCACAAGCAUCAUAGUUUGCAGUUUGUUGGCUGUCUUUAGGUUAGGCCUUUUCAUUCACAUGAAAGAUAUUCUCAUGUAACAAGAAAAUUUCCUUUUGCUUAGAUAAACUGGAUAGACUUUUGUUCAGUGUACAUAGAAAUACAUGGCAAAUAUUGCAGCAAAUACACUUUUUCCCUUAUCAGUGCAAUAAUUUUUAAUGGGACUAUCUCAAUAGUAUUUUUAAGCUAAAAGCUCCCACUUCUCAUCAAAUUAUUCAUCCUUGGUUUUCUAGAAGGCACAAACACAACGAUACUAGCAGUGAGGUCUGUUUCUGAGCGUACUAAUUUAUGAUUCCCCUGAGUUCACUGAAAUUACAACUGAUUUACUCCAAGGGAAAAUCAGAAACUGACCUGAAGUUAUUUCUGCUUUCUGGAGCACAACAUUGUCCAUGCCUGGUAUUUUAAAGUAGAGACUGAUUUCAGUCUUGCAAACGUGUGACUUAUUUUGCCCUCAAUUGUAUCUCAGAUUGAAUGCCUCUUGGUUUUUGGACCAUCUAUCUUUGUAUGAGCUGCUUAGUGUCUAUUUUAAUAAUAAAUGUAUUUUUACUAUUUUUGUGCUCUUAUUAAUGUUGGACGUGUCACACUGAAUUAUAUAUACACUUGAAAGGACAUUAAAGCAAUCUAAACAGCAUGAUGUUCAAACGUGAGCAGUGAUACUCAACAGUUUUAGAAUACCUGGAUUAUUCUAGGCAGUUCUAGCCCCUAAGUUCAUAUUAAAACUAAGCGUAGCCUAUGAAUACUUAAAAGACAAUAGAGAGAACUUACCUGAUACCAGUAGAACAGAUGUCUUUCUGCAAACUUGUUCCGUGUAGCUCCCAUCAACUUCAGACAGAUUGACUUUAUUAUAAAAGUAAUAAUUUUAUACACCUGUUUCAAAGAAAGAUUGCUGAUCAAGCUGUUCACACAGCAGCCCUGGCUUAACAGGGCAGAUUUUUUCAAGGAUAUUCACCUCUGGGGAAAGGGUAGAUGUCAGUAUCAUUGUUUCCCUCUGCUUGUGGGGGGAAUUUCUUUCCAGCAGAGGUUGUGGAGGAGAUGCCUAUACCGAGUCCUCACGCUGUGGGUGGGAGCGGAUGUCCCAUCUGGAAGAGUCUCUGGCUAGGAAGGCACAACAGUCUUCCAGCAGUGAUUUUGCUCAGUAAAUCUUUCCUCAGCAGUUUUCAUUUUCCCCUUUGAUCCUACAAAAGCAGAACCAGCAAGUAGAGCAUCUCAGGACAGAAGCCUCGAUAUAGUAGUUUUACUAGUGCCACUGAUGAAAGGGCUUUAACUCUAUUUCCUAGAGUCCAUAAAUAUAUUUUACUGGAAGCUUAGGAGGCAUGUUAAGCAUUUCCCUAAUGGACCCUAGAGAUAUAUUUAAACUUUUCUUGAAGAACGCUUUAUUUAAAGUUCACUGUUGCGUAUCAUAUAGACAUCAUGUGAUUCAGUAUCUGUCAUAGCUCCUUCCAUGCAUCAGACCAGUGGCAGCAGGGACGACACAUAGACUGUGAGAGCCUGGUCUGGUCGGGGGUGUCCCUGCCCAUGGCAGAGGGGUUGGAACUAGAUGAUCUUUAAGGUUCCUUCCAACCCAAACCAUUCUAUGAUUACGUUGUGACACAUAACUGCGAACAUACGCAACAUGAGCAAACUCAUCUGUUUAGGUGUCAUCUAGAGUAGUUGACCUAACAAGUAGUGUUUGAAAACAAAUGUUUUUUUAAACAACCCUAUGAAACGAAGGCACAGUGAAAGCCUUGCAAAACCGCUCAUCCCAUUUCCAUGAAAAUUGCUACCAUGGAAGAGGCUUAUCUGCUGACUUAGGGCCAAGUUUUGAAUGCUGCCCUUUCAGGGAGGAAAAUGUUGCUAGCAGCUACCGGCGGAGCGAUGAUUCAUUUUGCUCUGAUAUGGGAUUGUGCCUGUAAGGCACAACUGAGCCAGCUGGUGAAGGUCAAAUGGAUUCAGGACAAUUCUCAGUAAAGGACUGUACUUGAAAUGCAGACGAGGCAAGUUAGAGUGCCAACAAACAGGAUACUACAGAUCUUGAUCGCAUUUCAAGUUUUACUUACAGUAGCGUAAUAAUUAGUGGUGCUUAUGACUAAGAAAAUAACAAUAUGGCACAUCAAUAAGACAGCAGAAAUGUGAUGUUGGAACCGCUUCUUAAAAGAUUUUGUAGUGGAUUAUGCCUGCACUUUGGGAAAUGAAUCCAUGAGAUGAAUAAACUGGCAAAGAUUGUCUGUGAUCUUAUGCUUACAAUAUUUUUCCCUGAAAGAGCCGACGGAGAUAUUUUGCAACACUUUUCCCCAUCAUCCUCUUGGUUUGCAGUAAUACAUUCUUUUGGAGAUGUAUUUUUACACUUUUCCAAAAGUCAGACAGUAUUUUUUGUAGUUCAUCAAUGCAUUUAAUUGACAGAAUCCUCUACUCUUCCUUUCAUCCCCCCCUUAAUCAUAAUCAAAUUGGUGGGGAGACAGCCAAAAUGUUAGGUACUAGUGUCUCUCAAGCAGAUGUCACACCACUAUUUUUUAGCUUGUUUAAGUGAAUAAACAUGUUAAACUGUGAAGUAUUACAUUUUAGAUUUUUUCAUUAAAAAAAAAAAGGGACAAUCUGUUUACUGUCCUUAAUUGAGACAACAAUCCUGGUGGUUGCCAGUUUUGGCAGUUGUAAUGAUGAACUAUAAAUAUUGGGAGAAAUCAACUAACUGGUGAUUGUGGAGGAUAGUUCAAGUAGAAGCCUCAUUCUGCAUGAAUACUUCUUUCAGUGCUAUAUUUUUUCUAACUUCUAUAAUUGUUAUACUGGUUUUGCAUGUUAAAACCGCAAAUAAAUACAUGACUAGUCAAACAAUAGGCUUGAUUCUGUUGUCUUAUUCUGAAUCACUAAAAAAACCAGAUAAAAGCUGACAGCCCUGCAGCACAGUUCGUGCCUUGCCCGAAUUCUCCCUAAAAGGUGUUUGUUCAGGUGAGUUAUAAAUGUGAGC